CCGCAAUCCCUUCAACGCUCACGGCGACUUGGACCAACCCGCCACGACUCCCAUGGACAUCCCCUCUACGCGGGAAAUAGAGCUGGAGACGCUCUUACGACAACGCGACCAGCAGCUCACGCAGCUCACCGAUGAUAUCACCCACUUGAGACAGUACCUGGCGACCCAGCCGGGUCCGUCGAUGACGAAUCCGGUGUCGCUGCCACCGGCGUUCAUCGCUGCUAUCCUCCCGAAGAUCAACAGUAGUGCGGCGUUGCCGUCGGGUACCACCCGCGCAUCGUCCAACCCGGCCGCGGGCGCGUCCGUCGCAGCGGCUAUCUCACAAAGGGCGAAGCUUCUGCAGGAAGAGAAUGACGAGCUGUAUGGGCUCUUACGGACCAGUGAGGUUGGCAAGCUGAAGGAGGAAGUGCGAGGACUGCGACGGGUCGUGACACGGCUGGAGAGUGCCUUGAAAGAGUCGCACCAAGUGAUUGUAUCGCUCUCAGCUGAGCUCGAGAAAUCACAAGACAGCCUUAUCAACGCGAACACUGUCCGCUCCGCGUACCAAAACGCGCCUGGGCCUUCCGCGUCGCGGAACUCUUACCGCCCCGGCGCCUCCAACGGCCCCACGACGUCCGCAUCAAACGGACACGGCAACGCUAGCAGCUCGAAGCCACCACCGACCGGUCCCCGCGGAGGGGCGCCGCCACCGCGCGCGCCGAAGAAACCACGCUUAUCCGAGCCCGCACAGUCGCCGGCGCUUGCGACGCCCACGCCCUCGACGAUGGGCCGGGCGAGUAGCUCUGGCGGACGGCGAUCGCCGUCCGUCGCCACCACGCGUCGCGAUGCCCGACCAGACUCGCGCGAGCGGGAACGCGAUCGCGAUUGGGACCGAGAACGAGGGAGGGAGCGCGGUCCGCGAGGGCGCUCGCGCUCGCCUGUGCGCGCGCAGGAGACGCGUGACCACGGCGGAAGCAUGGACGUCGACGUGAAUACGGCGAGGGCGCGGACGCCCGAGCGCGGUGUAUACGAGCGCGACCGGGUGCGGGACGGGCGCGAUCGGGAGAGAGAACGCGAGCGCGCGGACAGGCCACCCGUCGAGCGCGAGCGCGAUCGGGAGCGUGACCGGCGCCGCGGGGGCGGCCGGAGGGGGCAACGCGCAGUCAACGCGGCCGGCGGAGGGGGUGGUGGCGGCGGAGAUGCCUACCUCAACGGCGAUCGGACGUUGGCUCAGCGCAUGGGAUUAAAUUGACUGACAUCGGAAGGACGAUCUCACAUGCACGCAAUCGCUCCAAGUCUUCUUUGUGAUCGCACACACGCUCCGGCCCGUAGUAUUUUAUAUCUGGUGCGAUACUCAUUCUCUCAAUAACUGAUACGGGCUCCUCUCUCUCCUCUCUCUGGCUGUAGCACUAUAUUUGCGCUGACUCGCUUUUUUUUGGGUUGUAUCGAUAGUGUUUGUACUCGCGUUUGCUCCGCUUGCUUUCCUCGCACCGCUAUGCUAUCUCGUCGCUAAUAUCACUAUAUCAAUGGAAUGGC